AUGAUCCUGCCCACCAAGGGUCCCCAGCUGGAAUCGGCAGCGACUGAGAUUGAAAGCCUAGGAAGACAAGUUUGCGUUGUUCCAGCUGACGUGUCCGUCGACGAGCAAGUCAAAGAGAUGGUCGAUUGUGCCGUUACUAAACUUGGUGGAUUGAACGUUAUGGUUGCUAAUGCCGGAGUGGUGACAUUCGCCUCGCUUAUAUCCUCAAGUGUAGAGUCAUGGGACCGUACAUUGGCAGUAAAUGCCCGUGGACCUUAUCUCUGUUACAAGUAUGCUGCCACGCAGAUGAUUGACCAGGGGCUUGGCGGUCGCAUCAUUGGUGCCAGCUCUGUCGCGGGCAAAAUGGCUUUCCCCUACCAUUGCUCGUACACAGCGAGCAAAUUUGCAGUCCGAGGGCUGACUCAAGUCGCGGCUCUUGAGCUUGGAAAAUAUGGCAUUACGGUAAAUGCAUAUGCUCCUGGCGUGAUACAGACUCCUAUGGCCCAGGACGUCCUGGAUGAGUCUGGGAAGGUGGAUGUUACAGUUAUCGACGAUCCUGUCUCGAUCAAGUGGAUUAAUUCGUUACUUGAGAAUGUUCCUAUCAAGCAUGUUGGACAGCCCGAAGAUAUAGCUAGCAUCGUAAGCUAUCUCGCGUCGAAGGAAGCGCACUUCAUUACCGGCCAAUGCAUCUCCAUCGAUGGAGGAAUCAGCAUGUCCUGAGAAGGUUCUGUGAAGAAUGGCGUUCUUGCUCCUCGCAGAUGCUGUGGUUUUGGUGAUAAACGUGCGCCAAAGGAUCAUUUUCUCUAUAUUUUGGAAGUGUUUUAUGUAGUUUUACAUGGCAUUGAAAACAAGCCAUUGGUUCUUUUACUCU